AUGCGCCGAAGUCGCGCAGCGGCGCUUGCUGAAGGCUCUGGUGAAGCUGUUGUGGAGGACGACGGGAGCUCCCCGGUUGGCCCAGGGAAGACGGUGAGUUUCGCAGGAAGUCAAGCAGAUCAAGAUGAAGCAGAUGAAGAUGACGAGGCCGACGACGAGGUCGACGAGAUCAGAAAGAUGAGCAGUAUGGCGCUUUUGCGAAGGCGAAUGGCGAUGCCCUCUCAAAGUGCAGCACAGCUAGUCCAGGACCUCCAGAAUGCAACAAGCUUUAGCAUCUUGGAGCAUUUGGUGUUGGCUUUCCUUGGCGGGCUGAGUGGAGCCAGACGUUCUUGGCGAGCGGCCCGUGAAUCUGCGCGUGAGGGAUCUUAUUUGAUUUGUUUUCUCUAUGCCCUGCUCUUGACCUUCGGUCGUUUGAUGCUCCUUGUCCUCCCGCUUGCUUUGCUUGGAUUAGGAGUGACUUUCGUGGUGAAGGAAGGCCCAACUCUGGAAGACAUUGACGAAAUCACCCAAGCCCCAGGAAAGUUGACAUACUCCUUGGUCCUGAUCACAAGCAUCAUUGGAGCAGCAUCCAUCAGCUUUAUCCUAGGGCCACCCAGGCUGCGUGAUGAUACCGGUGCUACCAGUCAUACAGGAAAUUGGAGGAAAUGCUUGGCAAAGGCAGGCAGAACAAGUUUUACUCUUUACCUUCUAUUCUCCACCCUUUGGACCUGGGGGCACGAACUGAAGCAACUUCACGAAAUUGCCCAGAAGCAGAAGACGAGCAGCUCUCCGCUGCUGCGCACCCUCAUGCUUACCAUGGUCCAAACUGCCACAAGCUCACAGUGGGGCAGAUAUGUCGACCAAUUCGCCUUGCUCAUGGUCUUCAAUGACUACCUGAACUUCAAAGCUGCCCAUCAGCGCGACUUCCUGGACGAGUGGGAGUGCUACAUGCGAAAAGUGAAGAAUGCCAAAGAGGAGGGGAAACAUCUGAUGAGGCGGGCGAUGGUGACUCGACCUUUCAGUGAUGCGACCAUGGACAAAGCCUUUGCACGUUCAAUGCUGGACACCCCACGCUUAGUGGCUCUGAUUCAGGAAGCAUCAAAAACAAAUGGAUACCUCUGGACCAUCUACAUGGUGGUGCUCCUUGCACGGUGCUGGACAUUUGGAUGGGUGACAGGUCUCGUGUACUUUCCCCUUUUCUUCUGCUGCUAUCCCUGGGUGCUUGUCAUCAUCCUACUCUGCAUGAUCGUGCUACGCUUGAUCCUGGUGGAGCCGCUCAUGAAGAUGCUGAUCUACCGGAAGAAUCAAGGUGAUGCUGCAGAGACAGACGAUGCAGGUUUGAAUGGGCCAGGCGAUGGCCCUGACAAAAAUGAAGCUUUUGAUCAUCCUGAUCCAGAGAUUGGGAACGCAGCUUUGCAUGGAGGUAGUCAGCAACGGACAAGAACAAGGACGUCCAUACUCACGUCUGUACAUCCAGAUGGUACAACUACGACAUACCCUCGUCUGCGAGACGAGAAAGACCUUAAGACCCUCGCCAGCGCAAUGGCUCUGACGGGCUUUGGGCCUGGACAUUGUGAUCGUGCGAUGCCUUACCUGCUGUACACGACCUGGUACUCUGAGCGCCACAACUCAAAACAACUGCGGGAGAGCUAUGAACGUGAAGUACAGACUCUGUGUGCUACUGGAAUCACCCGAGAUGGGUGGUGCUACAUUGUGAUGUACGCGGCGGUUGGCAAGGUCAUGAUGGAUAUGAUUGUUGUGGUCAUGUCGCGCCUACUGGCUGGGGCUGGCUAUUGGGACUCACUUUGGCUCACCUUGGUGAAGGAUCGAACGUGGAGAAAUUUCCUGAAGCAGUUUCUUUCCAUGCCCAUUGUCGACCAGGUGGUCAAGUGGGUUCAGACGAUUUGGUGA